AUGGAUGUACACGAGGACAAAAAACCUAGUGUGUCAAAGAAGGGAUAUACUCCAUCAGGUGCGAAUGCUGAAAUAAGCGACAAGGAGGUGAAUAAGAUCGCGAAUGAGUUAAUACGAUCGGUCAGCACGGUGGAUGAACUGAAAAAGAAAGUACAGCAAAUGUGCCGUGAAGGUAAAUUAGGUGGACAUCAAGGUGGUAUGAUCAUUCGGCGAUGGAGGGUUCACGAGCGCCAAAAGAGUCAUCUGCAAAAAAAAGAUGUCAUGUUGAACGAGAUAUCAAAAAGUUUGGAAGCGACAAAGGGACUGAAUUUUGAAGAUGUGAAAAAAAUGGUUAACGAUUAUGUGCAGGAAGGUAAAAUAACACAUCGCGAUGCUGGAUUCGUUAUCUCAAAUUGGAAGCGAAGCGAAUUUCGCCGUGUUAAGCGGCAGGUAAUCAAGCAGGAUGUAAAGCGAUGUUUAUUCUGCCGUGAAAAAGGGCAUCUGUUAUCACAAUGUCCCAACAAAGAUGAACAGACGAUGGGUACCGGUAUUUGUUUCAAAUGUGGUUCGUCGGAGCAUACCUCAUCCAAAUGCCCUCGUAAAAACGUGAAAGGAUAUCCGUAUGCAGUUUGUUUCGUUUGUAAGCAGCAAGGUCACUUAUCGCGUGAUUGCGACAAAAAUCCCAAUGGGAUAUAUCCAGAUGGUGGUUCAUGUGAUAUAUGUGGUUCACAAAAGCAUCUCAAAAAAGACUGUCCUGAGCUGAAAGCAACAACAAAGGAUACCAAGAAAAGAGGUAAUUAUCGCACGAAGUGCUUCUUCGUUCUGAAUGUUUUGGCAGCGCGUGGCACUGCGAUGAGUGGAGGCGAUGAAGAUAUUGCUGUGGAAGGUGACAAAGUUGAUUCAGGAUCUUCAGAUGAACCAAAGAGACAAAAGUUGAAGAAGAAGAAAAUUAUACGAUUUUGA